GGACUGCAGCGCGCGUUCCAGUUUUGUGUUGCACGAUUUAGUCUUUAGUCUUCUGAAUUACCCUCUGCCCACACUUUCAUCUUAAGAAGUAACAAAUACUUGGGAGAUGAUAGAAUCGUCGGUAAAUACACGCAAUUUCAGUGACUCAUAAUCAUGAUGUUAGUCUUCAGGAUGGGAAGUUUUCAAAGAGCCUAAAGGUUUUAUUAAAAUCAUUGAAGUUCUUGUAGCAAUUUGUGCAUUUGCAACAACGUGUGACUUCUCGACCAGUGUCAAGCUAAAGUAUGACUGUCAGGAUAACGGGUUAAAUUUAACUUGGGGUGCCAAAUUUACGUACCCCUUCAAGUAAUCCCUCAGGUUUUUCACUUCUUCUUAGUAUUGACUCUAUCGUGCUUCCUCAAUGCACUGCUGUGGAGAGUAAACACAUGUAUGGCAAUUUCGCUUCAGCAGCACAGUUUUAUGUAUUUGUUGGUGUCUCAACUAUGCUUUUCUGCGUUGCUAUGGGCGUCUAUUAUGUCUAUUUUCAUGAUCGUUACUUUUCUGACUCGCGCUUUAGUAAAUACGAGUUCAUCUUCUCGAUUAUCAUUGUCCUGUUAUGGUUUAUCGCCUCUUGUGCAUGGGCCGAUAAUGUAAACCAGUUUAAAAUGUACACGUCAGUAAGCCGGAUCUGCAAUGAGGUGAAACCUAAUAUGCAUUGCGAAGCUACGGAACAAGCUACUUAUGGGGGACUUAACGCGUCUCUGGUAAUGAUCUUUCCUUUUUUGGUUAUAUAUUUAACAGAGUUUAUACAACAGUGCAGAAAUAUUUUUGUUUAUCAGCUUGGUAUUGAUAUUAGUACUCCCAGUCUAAUCGAAUGCGUUUGCGUACUGGUUAUCUUGUUGAGGUUAUUAAUCCUUACUACGUUAGAUGUGGAUUUCGUUUAGCAGUUGUUGGAAUUCACUGCAAAAGAUGAGAAAGUAGUCCCCUGUUCAGAUCCAAACAGGGAAACAUUUUGGAAACUGGUCCGCUUAGUCAUAAUUUUUAUUACCAAAUUAUAAGCUGAAACAAACCAAUUCUUUGGCCACCUUUUAUAUUUGGCGUUAAAAAGCCCUUUUGAAAAAUGUUUUGGUCUUCUUCUCUGCGUAUGUACUUGGAAGGUUUUCUGAUUUAUUUCACUCAAGUUUCGUAAUUUAGCUCAACUUUAAAGUACCCUCAAUGAAGUCACAAGAAAACCAAAAGUGAGUUGUUUAAUGGUCGUUUAGAUUGAUUCCAUCAUUCUCUUUAGCACUUCUCAAUGUCGUAAUAAACUUUUUUUGAAGAGUUGGGGUUAGGGAAAACACUUAACCAUAGAUUAGUAUGUUGGCGACUAAAUCAUAAGAUCCAGAGAACAUUAAUCAGUUAUUGCUAUUCCGAAUUAUGAAUCUUUUCUAAUACUGAACUAAAAGCUUCAAACCAUAGUAUGUUAAUUGGUAGUUCAGACGAUUGUUAGUGUAGUAGUUUUUAGCUGUUCAGAAUGAGUAAUAAAUAUUCCCUCCAUUCAAACUAGUUUUUUACAUCUGGAAAUUGUCAUCUGAAUGACAUAAAAGUGGGAAUGUUAAAAAAAUUUAGAUGCUGGUUAUGAAGAACAAUACUAUUGAAAAGAUACUUUCAAAACCGUGCGGUCUUGUUCCUUCUGCAUUCUAAUUUUUCCUUUGAUGAAAUCUGAGUAAAUCGGUAUUCUUCGCUGUCUCCUUGGACUAGACAUGUUUCUGAUGAAAAGCUGUCCAUCUGUACUCUUUGAACUCAAUUUGUACUUCUGUAGUAAACCUGCACAAGAACUUAUUAUAUGACAAAACUCAAAGAGUACAAAACGAUACCUUUUUACUUACUUACGCCUGUCAACCUUUGUGGACGAACAUAGGUUGCCCACCUGCAUUCUCCAUCCAACUCCGUCCAGUUGCUAUUCAUUAUCUUUAAUGUCUUCUUAUUCCCGGUGCAAUGUGUUCCUCGGUCUGUUUCUUUUCCUUUUCCCUUCAAGAUUCCAAGUUAGCGCUUGCCUCGUGAUGCAGCUUGGUGAUUUCCUCAGUGUGUGUCCUAUCCACCUCCAAUGUCUCCUGAUUACCUCUUCAGUUGGAAGCUAGUUUGUUCUCUCCCACAGUAGGUUGCCGCUGAUGGUAUCCGGUCAACGGGCAUUGAGUAUCUUGCGUAGACAAUUGUUUAGAAUGACUUUUCCUUUUUGAUUAUGGCUGUGGUAGUUCAGUAAUGUGCAAAACAAAUGUCAAUGCGAAAACCCGAAAUGAUAAUAUACAAAUAAGAAGACAGUAAAAAUAACAAGGUCAUGUGUAUUGACUGACAAACAAUAACCAUUAUGUAAUGAAUGCUACUCGAAGUUCCUUUUUGGUUUACUCACAAAUGAAGUCCACUCAGUUAAUGAAUGUCAUCCUACACAGUUUUUACCGACAGAGUGGAGAGAAAUAUAAAUCCAAUAGCGUGAUCAGGAAGUAAUCCAGACCGACAGUCUUAUCUAGUGAAGAGUGGUACAAAAGGGCAGUACAAUACUAUUAUACUCUUCAAUCAAAAGCCGUGACCAAUAAAGCUGGGAAGAUAACGAUGUAGUUAGUAUUUGUUUGAAUGCCGAAAGUGGUGUAGGCAUCAAUUAAUUUUAAUAGAGAUCAUAAGUCGAUCAAUGUUAGGUCACCAACAACAAUCUUGGUGGUCUAACAAUGAUUGGUUCAUGAUCUCAAUUAAAACUCAACAAAAUCCACAACUGUAUAUUACCAUCAACUAAUUACUAGUGAAGUCUAUCCAAAAUUGGUAAGAAUAAACAAUAUGCAUUAAAUAUGAAUGCAACUACUUGUACAACGUCGCACAGAGAGAUAUAAUCUCAUUAUUAUUAAAUCUAUAUGUCACUAUACUUCUCACAGGUGUUUCUAAACUAUUGCCCCUAUAUUUUUGGGCGAUCGAGUUAGCAAUUCUCUGGUUAGACAGAGAGUACUAGGUAAGGAUAGCAAAUUGACUGACAGGGCAGUGAAUUUUUAUCGACUGAAAUAAUUGGGAUAUAUAUAUAUAUAUAUAUUACGUGCGUCCAUCUAUCUACUAUCUCGACCGCCAAUGAUGGCCGAUGUAAAAGUAGGUUGGAAGAAAGCAAGGGGCGGCCAAAUCAAGACAUGGCAUCAGUCAGUGAAGACAAUGACUAUUGAACUGGGCCAUGUAAAUAGGUGCAGACUCCCUGAUCGGGAUCCGUGCGAUUAUCUUAACCAAUGGUUAGAGACAGGUGACAUAGCUUAAAAUUGGUUACAGUAGUACGGAUGCAUUAACUCUUUCUCUUCCCUUAGAUUUUAUGUUUUAAAACUAUGUCAUACUUUGCCCGCACAGUCAUUCCUUUUUCCUCGAAUCGCUUGAGGCCAUUAUAGUGCCUUCAAAUCUGGAAGCAAAAUUGUCUCAAAAUGGUACAUAAUAAAUUAGUUCUUGGAUAAAAUCCUUAACACUCAUGUUGGGCAAACGGAAUGAUUCAUCUUUACGAGUAGGUUUUCAUUUAUGAGUUCUUUAUGUAUCUCGGACUUUGGACUUCUAAACAAAUCGUUUUAUAAGACUUAAUUUCCCUGAUUCACACAAAUCUUAAUCUUUGUAUCAAAAUUAUACCAGACAAUGAAGAUCUACUUUGUGACUUUAACAAUUCGGUAUGUUUUUGUUAAUUUAUAUAAAUUAGAUAUUUGGGUUUACUAAUGUUGCUCUAUGGGUAGCUGGUUUAUGGUUCAUAUGGAAAGAAACUCCAUGGUCUGGAAAUAAUUCUCUACUUGGACCAGAAAAUAUCGCUACUGCUGCCGAUGGGUCUCAAAUGUAGUGCACACUCAAACAAGUCUUCAUAUACUGUUCUUUCAAGAAUUAAAUCAACUACAUUAUUUUGUGUGAUGAUAAUGAGAAAAAUUCACUUGUAAAUCACUCAUCAGUUGUUAUUUCCACCUAUAUGUUGUUUUCCCAUUUAAAUCGAAACGAACAAACGAAGUAGUGCAUUUUGUUUGUUUCAUUAUGAUAAGAUUACUGCUUCCAUUCUUAAAUUGUUCAUGAUUAUAUCAAUAAUUGUGUUACAGCACCAGUUUUUUUGAACUGAACAUUUUCUUAGGUCAAAUUUCAUUUUUUUUAUCAUAUUAUUCUUUCUAAAUACACUAUUCAAGUAACAUUGUUCCACUUUUUGUUAUAUCUUCAUUUUGUUAAAGGUGAUGAUACUUUUGUUGUUUUAAUCGCCAAUCAAUCGCAUACACUGUUUGCAUAUCAUAAUAAAUCAAACACAUUUU